AUGAGAUUAGCAUUUACCGAAACUGGGCAGUCUGAGCUGGAAAUCCCCAGAGUGUCCUGUGAGUCGGACACUGGUGCAGCUGCUGGGAGGGAGCCGCCCACACGUCGUCCUUCAGCCUCCCUGCCUCUGCCGCUGCUCGUGUCAGAGCCGCCCGCACGUCGUCCUUCAGCCUCCCUGCCUCUGCCGCUCCUCGUGUCAGAGCCGCCCACACGUCGUCCUUCAGCCUCCCUGCCUCUGCCGCUCCUCGUGUCAGAGUCGCCCGCACGUCGUCCUUCAGCCUCCCUGCCUCUGCCGCUCCUCGUGUCAGAGCCGCCCGCACGUCGUCCUUCAGCCUCCCUGCCUCUGCCGCUCCUCGUGUCAGAGUCGCCCGCACGUCGUCCUUCAGCCUCCCUGCCUCUGCCGCUCCUCGUGUCAGAGUCGCCCGCACGUCGUCCUUCGGCCUCCCUGCCUCUGCCGCUCCUCGUGCCAGAGCCGCCCACACGUCGUCCUUCAGCCUCCCCUGCCUCUGCCGCUCCUCGUGUCAGAGUCGCCCGCACGUCGUCCUUCAGCCUCCCUGCCUCUGCCGCUCCUCGUGUCAGAGUCGCCCGCACGUCGUCCUUCAGCCUCCCUGCCUCUGCCGCUCCUCGUGUCAGAGCCGCCCGCACGUCGUCCUUCGGCCUCCCUGCCUCUGCCGCUCCUCGUGUCAAAGCCGCCCGCACGUCGUCCUUCAGCCUCCCUGCCUCUGCCGCUCCUCGUGUCAGAGUCGCCCGCACGUCGUCCUUCAGCCUCCCUGCCUCUGCCGCUCCUCGUGUCAGAGUCGCUCACACGUCGUCCUUCAGCCUCCCUGCCUCUGCCGCUCCUCGUGUCAAAGCCGCCCGCACGUCGUCCUUCAGCCUCCCUGCCUCUGCCGCUCCUCGUGUCAGAGUCGCCCGCACGUCGUCCUUCAGCCUCCCUGCCUCUGCCGCUCCUCGUGUCAGAGCCGCCCACACGUCGUCCUUCAUCCUCCCUGCCUCUGCCGCUCCUCGUGUCAGAGCCGCCCACACGUCGUCCUUCAGCCUCCCUGCCUCUGCCGCUCCUCGUGUCAGAGCCGCCCGCACGUCGUCCUUCAGCCUCCCUGCCUCUGCCGCUCCUCGUGUCAGAGUCGCUCACACGUCGUCCUUCAGCCUCCCUGCCUCUGCCGCUCCUCGUGUCAGAGUCGCCCGCACGUCGUCCUUCAGCCUCCCUGCCUCUGCCGCUCCUCGUGUCAGAGUCGCCCGCACGUCGUCCUUCAGCCUCCCUGCCUCUGCCGCUCCUCGUGUCAGAGCCGCCCACACGUCGUCCUUCAGCCUCCCUGCCUCUGCCGCUCCUCGUGUCAGAGCCGCCCACACGUCGUCCUUCAGCCUCCCUGCCUCUGCCGCUCCUCGUGUCAGAGCCGCCCGCACGUCGUCCUUCAGCCUCCCUGCCUCUGCCGCUCCUCGUGUCAGAGUCGCUCACACGUCGUCCUUCAGCCUCCCUGCCUCUGCCGCUCCUCGUGUCAGAGUCGCCCGCACGUCGUCCUUCAGCCUCCCUGCCUCUGCCGCUCCUCGUGUCAGAGCCGCCCACACGUCGUCCUUCAGCCUCCCUGCCUCUGCCGCUCCUCGUGUCAGAGCCGCCCGCACGUCGUCCUUCAGCCUCCCUGCCUCUGCCGCUCCUCGUGUCAGAGCCGCCCGCACGUCGUCCUUCAGCCUCCCUGCCUCUGCCGCUCCUCGUGUCAGAGCCGCCCGCACGUCGUCCUUCAGCCUCCCUGCCUCUGCCGCUCCUCGUGUCAGAGUCGCCCGCACGUCGUCCUUCAGCCUCCCUGCCUCUGCCGCUCCUCGUGUCAGAGCCGUCCGCACGUCGUCCUUCAGCCUCCCUGCCUCUGCCGCUCCUCGUGUCAGAGCCGCCCGCACGUCGUCCUUCAGCCUCCCUGCCUCUGCCGCUCCUCGUGUCAGAGUCGCUCACACGUCGUCCUUCAGCCUCCCUGCCUCUGCCGCUCCUCGUGUCAGAGCCGCCCGCACGUCGUCCUUCAGCCUCCCUGCCUCUGCCGCUCCUCGUGUCAAAGCCGCCCGCACGUCGUCCUUCAGCCUCCCUGCCUCUGCCGCUCCUCGUGUCAGAGUCGCUCACACGUCGUCCUUCAGCCUCCCUGCCUCUGCCGCUCCUCGUGUCAGAGCCGCCCGCACGUCGUCCUUCAGCCUCCCUGCCUCUGCCGCUGCUCGUGUCAGAGCCGCCCGCACGUCGUCCUUCAGCCUCCCUGCCUCUGCCGCUGCUCGUGUCAGAGUCGCUCACACGUCGUCCUUCGGCCUCCCUGCCUCUGCCGCUCCUCCUGUCACAAGGCUUCACCCAGUGGUCCAGCUCAGGAACGAAGUCGCACCUCCACCCGCCACAGAGAUUCACUGA